CUGAGCGGGCGGCGGGUUCCCAUGGCAACGGCCGCGUCACCGCCGCUCGCCCCGCCCCCUGCCCGGCCUAGGCCACGCGGCGCGGGGGUCUGCGCACACCCGGCGUUCGGGAGCGGUGGGGGCCGCUCUUCCCCUGGGCGUGGGCCCAGACGGUACUCGGAAUGGCCAGACCCUCGCUGUCUUCGCCCGCGUCCCGCGCACGGCGUCCCGUCGGGUUUGGAGCCCAGUGAUCCGGGCCGCGGCGCGUGCGCGCGCGGGACGUGGGGGGAGGUCCAGCCCAGGAGGACGUCCCCGCGUGCCCCUCGCCAAGAUGGCGGCCCCGCAGCGGAGGUCCCAGGGGCCACGGGGCGGAAGAACCCCGAAGCGUUCCUGGGGCAGAUUACCCUUGCCCGCCACCAGGCUGGACUCGUCCUUACCAGCAGUGCCAGCAUCUGGAGCAUGGUGAUCUGGGCGUUGCACAGCUUUUGAUUUAGUUCAGCCACCCCCCAAAAUCCUUUGUCCUGCUUACGAUAAUGGUGUCAGAUGUCUUCAUCCCAUGGAGGAGGAUGGCAACCAGCGUGAAGACCAACAUGAGAGG